UUUUCUUUCCACUUUCAAAGGUGAUGACUAAUCUCGGGGAAGCUUAUAUUUGAAGGACCCUGUGUUGGAGUCACUAUGGCAACGGGAGUAGCGGCAUGGCUCCCUUUUGCACGGGCUGCUGCCAUUGGCUGGAUGCCAGUUGCCAACUGCCCCAUGCCCGCCGCACCCAGGGAUCACACUAAGAAACAGGACGAGCUGAUCAUCUUGAACGUCAGUGGGCGCCGUUUCCAGACCUGGAGGACCACGCUGGACCGUUACCCUGACACCCUGCUUGGCAGCACUGAGAAAGAAUUCUUCUAUAAUGAGGAGACAAAGGAGUAUUUCUUCGACCGUGAUCCGGAUGCCUUCCGCAGCGUGCUCAACUUUUAUCGUACAGGUAAGCUCCACUAUCCUCGACAUGAGUGCAUCUCGGCCUACGAUGAGGAGCUCGCCUUCUUCGGGAUCAUCCCAGAGAUCAUCGGCGACUGUUGUUAUGAAGAGUACAAGGACCGCAAACGGGAGAACGCUGAGCGCUUCAUGGAUGACCAGGAGGAAAACAAAGAAGGCAAGCUGCCUAAUAUGAACUUUCGUGAAACUAUGUGGAGAGCCUUUGAGAACCCGCAUACCAGCACCAUGGCCCUGGUGUUCUACUAUGUCACCGGCUUCUUCAUCGCUGUUUCUGUUAUCACCAAUGUAGUAGAAACCGUCCCUUGUGGCUCGACACCAAGCCAGAAGGAUGUACCAUGCGGCGAACGCUACACUGUGGCUUUCUUCUGCAUGGACACGGCAUGUGUGAUGAUCUUCACAGUGGAGUACCUGCUUCGCCUUUUUGCCGCGCCUAGCCGCUACCGCUUCAUGCGCUCGGUCAUGAGUAUCAUCGAUGUGGUGGCCAUCUUGCCCUACUACAUUGGCUUGGUCAUGACUGACAAUGAGGAUGUGAGCGGCGCCUUUGUCACAUUGCGUGUCUUCCGUGUUUUCCGCAUCUUCAAGUUCUCGCGCCAUUCGCAAGGCCUUCGCAUCCUGGGAUACACACUUAAGAGCUGUGCCUCUGAGCUCGGCUUCCUCCUGUUCUCCCUCACCAUGGCCAUCAUCAUCUUUGCCACGGUUAUGUUCUACGCUGAGAAGGGAUCAAGCUCGAGCAAGUUCACUAGCAUUCCUGCGUCGUUCUGGUACACCAUCGUCACAAUGACCACGCUCGGCUACGGAGAUAUGGUGCCUAAGACGAUCGCCGGGAAGAUUUUCGGCUCCAUCUGCUCCCUGAGCGGGGUUCUGGUAAUAGCCUUGCCUGUGCCUGUCAUCGUGUCCAACUUUAGCCGAAUCUAUCACCAGAACCAGAGAGCAGACAAGCGGCGUGCUCAGAAGGUACAGAAAACCCGUCUGGCCCGGAUAAGAAUAGCCAAGAAAGGCAGCUCCAACGCUUACCUGCAGAGCAAACGCAAUGGCCGCCUGGACGAGCUUCUGGAUCUUACCGGCUCAGAAGAAGAGGAGCAGCACAUGAAUAAGACCCCAUCGUUAUUGGAGAGCCAACACCACCACCUACUGCACUGCCUGGAGAAAACCACGGCUCAUGAGUUUGUAGAUGAGCAGUUGUACGAGCAGAAUUGUGUUGAAGGACCGCCGCCACUGCAGAACUUUCCUUCUCGCAGCCCCUCCAUCUCGAGCAACGAGGGCUUCACGAGAACCUGCUGCACCCACCGCUCACGCAAAAGACUCGCGCUGCCCAAUGCCAGCCUGUCCACCACUCACACGCACACACACACGCAGGACCUGCAAGAGCUUAGCGCCAUCCACAUCCAGUGUGGAGAUCAACUGAGCCUCGGCCCGAGCUGUCGCUCCAGUCUCAACCUAAAGCCCAAUGAGCGACUGCAGAUAAACUGCAGAGGGCAGCAGAUCACCAAUGCUAUCAUCAGCCUGCCGUCGCCGAGCUCUUUCAGCACAGACUCCAUCACCACCUCCUCCAUCGCCCCUACCAUCAACACCACCUCCAGCUCCAGCUUCAGCAUCGUGAAGGUUUCGGCCUUGUGACCAAACAGGAGGAACUGCAGGAGAACAGAGCGAGCAGAGCCAUGCGAGCCUCGAGCUGAACACGUCUAGUGGACACUCUGUGGAAUUCAUUUUAUUUAAAAAAUGUCAAGGAUAUGGUCGAGGACCGUAGUUAGAAGACGCUGUGUACUGUCGGACGAUGACGUCCAGAUUUCUGGAUCGGUUUCCCAGAUUUUGGUGUUCUUCUGACCUGCUGUGGAAUUUGAAUUUGGAAAGUAGGACUGACAUGUCCAGGUUAAAAGAUGGUUUGGAGAUGCGAAGGCAUUUAGUGUAAAACACGUUUCUUGUCAGUUUGAUUGUGUGCCAUCCACCAAGGUAGGAGCUCAUACAAAUUCAUGCAGAAAUCAACAUGGUUUCCAUACUGUGUGAUAUUCACAGGUUCUAGAUGAAUCUGUUUAGUCAGAAUGUAUGUUCAAUAUCACACUGUUUUGUUUAGGGUUUUUUGUUUUUGUUUUUGUUUUUUCCACACAGCCAAAUGAAAAUGGAAGCCAGACAUUUUCAUCUAUUUUAGAAAAAGAAAAGGAGUUUCAAUGCUCUUCAAUUAGAAAAUAUGGUUUAGACUUUUUACUGGUCUGUCUUCAUGUACUUCUUUCAUUAUAUUUUCUCCUCAGUAAUGUUGACCUCUCUAGCUUUUAUCUCUUUAUUCUUCUCAUAAUUCCUGUUUAGCAUCAUGAAUUAGUCAUCACUCGAUAGACUCUGCUCCACAGUAAGUCGUUACGAUCAGUGGUUACGAAUCUUGCAGUAUUCCAUAUUCACGCCAGUAAUAAAGUAAAGUAAAGUAAAGUAAAUGGCCCGUUAGAAGCUGAGAGAUCGCCAUUGCCCUGUCUAAUGUGGAUGUCUUUGUCUGUGCAUUGUGACUGUUUAGCUGACUAGUGAUUAGACCACUUAAGACUAUAGGAGAACCGAAAGGCCUCAAUUCUCAACCUGACAUUUUACUUGAGCCCUUAAACAGGCACAGCAGUAACAUUUGUAAUAAAAAAUGAGGUAGCAAUGUUUUGUUAGUUCAUUUGGACUUAAAAAAACAACAACAACAACAACAACAAAAACUACACUUUGUUUAUUUUGGAUUCUGUAACACUUUACUUGAACCCUCUGUCAUGUUCCUAAGACUGAAAUAAUCCUGUCGUAAGCAUAUCAG